UCGUGAGUGUCACGUCUCACUUACACAACCUUUUAUAGUCAUUGAACGAAACAACAUUAUAUACCCCCAACAAUGGCGAACUCCAAGUUUGAGUACGUCAAGCAGUUCGAGCAACCUGACUCGCUUCUUCCAAACACCUGGAUAGUAGUAAGGCUCGAUGGCCGUGGCUUCACAAAAUUCUCAACCAAAUAUGCCUUCGAAAAGCCCAACGACAAGCGAGCCCUAGACCUCAUGAACGCCGCCGCCCGCUCCGUCAUGUCCGAGCUCCCCGACAUCACUAUCGCCUACGGCGUGUCGGACGAGUACAGCUUCGUCUUCCACAAAUCCUGCACUUUGUUCGAGCGACGGGCCAGCAAACUCGUCUCCACCAUCGUCUCGACCUUCACAGCCUACUACGUCCACCACUGGCCCGUCUACUUUGCCGACUCUCCUUUGUCUCCACCGUUACCCUCCUUCGACGGCAGGGCGGUCUGCUACCCGUCCGUCCAGAACCUGCGCGACUACAUGAGCUGGCGCCAGGUCGACUGCCACAUCAACAACCUGUACAACACCACGUUCUGGACCCUCAUCAAACAGGGAGGAAUGGACGGGACGGCGGCCGAAUUGAUGCUCAAGGGGACCUUCUCGGCGGACAAGAACGAGAUUUUGUUUAAGAAGUUUGGGAUCAACUAUAAUAAUGAGCUGGAGAUUUUCAAGAAGGGGAGUGUCAUUUUUAGGGAGUACGAGCUGGUGGAGCCGGGGACUACGCUGAAUCUGAAUAGUGUCGUGGAGGAGGCAGAAAAGAGCAGCAGCGGCGCGGUGCCCGAAGUGAAAUCGAAGAGUCAGGUGGAAAAGGAGAGGAAGGCGAGGACGAAGGCGGGGAUUGUGGUGGAGCAUUUGGAUAUUAUUAGGGAUGAGUUUUGGGAGAGGAGGCCGUGGUUGUUGAGUGGGAAGCCGGGGAAGGUUCCUAAGGCGCCUUGAUGGGGAUGGAUAGGUAAAGAGCGGUAUGAGAUAUGAUCAUGAAUGAUACCUCUGGAUAUGUCCAUUGAGCUUGACGAUUUUUUAUGUGCUAUAGAGGGGCUUUGCUUGGUCGUGAUGUGAUGGAAGGUCUUGGAACUUAUGCUUUGCCACGACAGACCUCUGAGGUGAUCCUUUACCGACCUGGACGAGGAGCACACUGUACAAAUGGGUAGACGGCGUUAGAAUCAAAUCGGUAUGGAGGGUUCUUCGGUUUCACUUCUGCUCCCUCACUUAGAGACAGGUUCAGGAGACCACUCCGUGCCCCGUAUCGUAUGUACCGGU